AUGCAUAGCUUAUCCAAGCAACCAGUCACUACGCUUGCCGACAGCCCAAAGUUGUUGGUGAGGCAGAAGCUCGCCAAGCCCAAGAAGCUGCGGGUCCUCAUCGCUCCCUCUGGGUUCAAGGAAUGCCUUGGCGCCGAUGAGGUCGCUGAUUGCAUUGAAGAAGGACUUCGUAGAGUUCUUGAUGAGGAUUCGGCAGUCUUCCGCAAGACUCCACUUCAUGAUGGGGGUGAAGGUUUCUGCAAGGCUCUCGUGGCCGUUCACGGGGGUGAAAUACGGGAGCUUCGAGUCACGGGUCCUGAUCACAAACCUGUCGACUCACAUUUCGGUGUCAUUGGCGAUGACAGAAAGACGGCCGUGUUGGACAUGGCCGCGGCUGCCGGCCUCAGGUUAGUGCCCAAGGAGUGUCGGGACCCGACCUUGACCACGACGUAUGGAGUUGGAGAGCUCAUUGUAACGGCUCUUGAUGCAGGAUGUACCAAGAUCAUCAUUGGAUGCGGAGACUCGGGCACAUCUGAUGGAGGCGCGGGUAUGCUUCAAGCCCUUGGUGUGCGGUUGAUGGACAAGAAUGGGGAUGACUUGCAGUUAGGGGGUGGUGGAGGAACCCUGUCACAGCUGGAAACAAUAUCCUUGGAAGGCUUGCAUCCGAGACUUCGUGAUCCAGGACAUGACGUGAAGAUAGAAGCAGUAUGUAACAUCAAGAACAUACUAUGUGGUCCCCAAGGAGUGGCGCGCGUCUAUGGUCCGCAGAAGGGCGCAACAGAGGACCAAGUCGAGACCCUUUCAUUGGCACUAGAAAAGUUCGCCCAAGCAGCCAUGCCCAUCCUCAAAGAGGAUCUAUCCCUUAAGCCAGGCAGCGGCGCAUCGGGCGGAUUAGGCGCAGGGCUCAUGCUGCUUCGCGCAAGCCUGCGGGCACGAGGCGAGGCAAUUGACGACUACUUCAUGCUGAAAACCCUCUUCGAAGAGCACUGGGACAUCGUCAUCACUGCCGAGGGCAGCUUGGAUUUCCAGUCAAGCAAAGGCAAAAUGACGGUGGAGAUUGCGAGGAGGGCUCAGGAGCACGGGGCGCAGGUCAUCGCUCUGGCUGGCACUAUCGGACAUGGAGCCGAGACUGUGUAUGAUGCCGGCGUGUGUGCAUUUCUCAGUAUUUUGGAAGGUCCCGCGUCACUGGAAGAAGCGAUCAAGGAUGCAGAUCGGCUUUUGAAGGAUGCGGCGGAGAAGUCGAUGCGCGUUAUCAAGAUGGGGAUGUCGCUACAGCAGAACGAGCCGGUAAGUGCGUCGAUUCGGACCGCGCCCGAGAAGGGGUCGGGAAGGCCACCGUCGUUUCCGUAUUUGGUGAAGAUGGCGAGGGCUAUGACGGGCUAG